AUGAUAAAAAUACCAGAGGAAAUUAACCUUGAAAAUUACACUCUAAUACUUCCCUCAGUGGCUGUUGGAAAUGUUGGACAAUUAUGUACUGAUUUAUUAAUAUCCAAUUUGAAUUUGAAUAAAGUUGGAAGUAUGUGGAAUCCUGUAUUCCUUCCAAUCUGUGGACUUGAUCCUUAUAACAAAAAUUGUCAGUCUCUUUGUACUGCUGCUGAUUUUUAUCUUGAAACAUAUCAUAAAAUAAUUGUUUUACAUCUACGUGCACCUCACAUUGGACCUUUAAAUGAUUUCUUUGAUAAAAUAACACAGUUUAUUAAGCAGAAAAAAAUCAGUAAGGUAAUAAUUUUAUCCAGUAGUUACGAUUAUGAGUGUGCUGAUAAAUCAGAUUCAAGCUUAAGAUAUCUUACUACAGAUAAUUCAUUAUUAAAUAAUGAAAAAUUUCUUGAAAGUCUUACUUGGAAAAGGCAUGUAAAAAAGACUUCAACAGAAUCUGCAAAGCAAUAUUAUAUUCCUGGGGGUGGAUUUGCAAAUGGCUUUUAUGAUUAUCUUAAGUCAAUAGGAAUUCCUUGUACAGUACUUUUUUGUUAUUGUUCUGAAGGAGACAAUAUUCCGGAUGCAUUGAUACUAUUCAAAGGUUUGAAUCAGUGGUUAAACUUAUUAAAGGAGAAUACUGAUUAUGGUAUUAAGUAUCCACCUUCUUGGGAAUACUUGUUUGGCAAUCCACCUUCUCUUGAAAUAUAUUAA